UGUGUUGACAUACGAGAUUUAUGUUUGGGAAAGAAAAGGAUAUGAUUUGACAAAAUCUUCAAAUGUGCAAUGUCAGUGCGACGAUAAACCAGUGUACACAUCUGUUGCGAAGACAUACUUUGGAAACCAGUGGAUAACACAUAUGUAUUUUAAUAAUUUUCAAGGAUUUAUUCAUCCGUGUCGAUCUUCGUGUAUUAUUUCGUGAUUUUUAUCUGUGAGUAGCCUACAUGUAUAUGUUGACGCAUUGGCCAUACCGUCGACCCAAGAAGAGCUGGAUGAAAACAUUUAAAAGUACAAGCGAUACAUUUGCCAAGUCAUCCACGAUGUCCAAACAUUAAUCCGCGACUUUUAUCUAUGUGUACGUACAUGGUUUAUAACAUAAAAACCCGUAACACAUUGGCCAUGCCACCCGACCAUCAAAAGGUGAAUGAAAGCGUUUGACAGUACGAACAAUACACAGCCUGGGAACGAGACCGAUAUGCGCCACACUUACUGGAGCGUACAACAACACGUCGUGUUAUAUUAUUAAAAGCAUGUGAUGAAAGGUGCGCACAGAGACCAUAAACAUGUCUGUGUAUCUAUGAAACGUCCGCAAUGGAGAAAAUAGUGCGGACAUUCAGACGGACAAACAGGACUUCGUCGCUGCUCUGCCCUGCGUUAGACCCAAUGGAGAAAACAGAGGACGAAAGACGCCGGUUUAACGGCGUCAAAAGACGAUUUAACCGAAAGACGAACAAAUCAACUCCAACAACCGAGGAAAAUGACAUCAAUCUGAGUGAUUUCUGUCUGUUGGAGGACAGUCCUAAUCACUUAGUAGAGGUAGCCGGAGCUGGGAACAUUAAAGAGUUUGAACGGCUAUACAAUGCGAACCGAUCCAGGUUGUAUAUCCGCGACAGUAAGGGCCGAGCCCCUGUACACACGGCGGCCAGUAAAGGGCGAAUUAAUAUCCUCGAGUUUAUCUCACAGAUUGGAGGGGAUUUAGACCUUCAGAAUAACCAAGGGGACACGCCUCUUCACAUCGCCGUGGACGAGGUACAGAUCGACGUCAUCAACUUCCUCAUCGAUCACGGGGCUGCUACCGACAUUCUAAACAAUGCUAAACACGCGCCAAUCCAUUUGACUGUACUGUCCGGCAACGCCGACCUUUUAAAGGUUCUCGUCCAGCACGACCAGGUGGACGUGAAUCUGGCGGGAGAGAGCGGUUCCACACCUCUCCACUACUGCGCUGUCACCGACCACGACAAAUGUGCUGAGAUUCUGCUGGAGUAUGGCGCCAGACCUUGUGCCAAGUGUGACUUCGGGUUUUAUGCCGUCCACUCUGCAGCAAAGUCGGCCGCAUUUAAAACACUGGAGGUCCUCAUCAAAUAUUCUGAAUCUCUCGGCUACACUCGAGAGGCUGUGUUAUCCUGGAAGGACAAGGAGAACAACAUGCCUCUCCACUCAGCGGUCAACGGAGGAAAUAUCAAAGCCGUGGAAGUUUGUCUCAAGGCAGGUGCUCUUGUCAGUGCUCAACAGGAUGACAAGUCGACGCCAGUGCAUUUCGCCUGUCUUCAAGGCAAUCUCAACAUGUUACAGCUGAUGUACGAGACUCAGCCUGAGAAAUUCGAAAAGUCUCUACACCUAACCGACAGCUGUGCCAUGACCCCACUGCACCGGGCCGCGCUCUUCAACCACGUGUCUGUUGUGAAAUACCUGCUGGAGAAAGGAGCUGACGUGAACGCCAAGGACAACCAGGAACGCACGCCAUUGUUGCUGUCGGCGUCAAAGGGAGGGUGGAUGACGGUGAAAUGUCUGCUGGAAAACAAGGCAGACAUCUGUGUGAGAGAUCAACACAACAGGAACUUUCUUCACAUUGCCAUCAAAUUCGGCGGAAAACUCAGCGACUUUGCAGACAGUGUAGAGCUUGUGAAGUGCCACCUGAACGAGAAGGACGACUAUGGCUGCACGCCACUGCACUACGCCAGUAAGGAAGGUCACCUCAUGGCCAUCAAUGACCUCCUGGACAUGGGGGCAGUCAUCAACACCAAGAAUAACGACAAACAAAGUCCAUUCCAUUUUGCGGCACGGUAUGGUCGAUUAAACACAUGUAAACGUCUACUGGAGAGUGAACAGGGUCCAAAUAUUAUCAAUGAGACUGAUGCCAAGGGUAGAACGGCUCUACACGUUGCCUCGAUGAAUGGCAACACCAAGAUCCUCAGUCUCCUCAUGAAGAAGGGCGCAGUUUUCGCCAGAGACUACGAGAGUAACAACGCCCUGCAUUAUGCUGCGAUGAACGGUUACACGCAAAGCAUUCGUUUGUUGGUGAACGUGCAUUCCAAUCUCCUGAACGCAACCAACGUAAAAGGAGAUACUGCUUUGCAUGUCGCAGCGCAAAAUGGUCGAUCGACAGCAGUGACGCUUUUGCUAACUCUUGGAGCGGUGAUUACCAAAAACAACGACGACAGAUCCUUCUUUGAUUACCUUUUGGAAAACCAGCAGGCAGAUGCUGCUUUGGCAGUUGUUGCCCAUGACAGAUGGGAAGAUGUUAUGAAUAUAUGUUCUGGACCUUACGGAUGUCCUAUGCUGGGACUUAUUACACAGUUACCAGAGGUCUGCAUGGCUGUGCUUGACCGAUGUCAACAACAAUCUCUUCAUGACAGCAAGAGCAAAGACUAUUAUGUGGAGUACAACUACAGCUACUUACAGUGUCCGUUAGAGUUUGUACUGGAGAAGAAACGGAAGGGAGAAGCUUACACACCCAUGCUGCCGCUCAAUGUAAUGGUGAAAAAUGAGCGAGUUGAAUGUUUGUCACACCCUGUCUGUGUCAACCUCCUCAAUUCUAAGUGGAACGACUACGGCAAAUGGUUCUGCACGUUGUACCUGUUUAUAUACAUGACAUACCUCGGUCUGCUGACAGCCUUCAUAGUGAACCAUGAAUCGCUUCAACACUAUGACGGGUGGUCGGUGAAUAAUGAUACACAGAAGAUGCUGGGAGGAAAUCUCUAUGGAGGAUACAAGUUUAGUACGUUCUACACCAUAUCGCUAUGGAUUAUUACAAUAUACAGCGUACUGAAUAUUAUCAAGGAAGUAGUUCAAAUUGUUAGCCAGAAAGCUAGAUACUUCAUGGACGUGCAAAACCUGCUCGAGUGGUCCCUGUAUGUCCUGACACUGGUGUUCGCGGCUCCCUUUCUGUUCGGAAUGGCUUUUCACUGGCAGUGGGAAUCAGGAGCGGUGGUCAUUUUCCUCGCCUGGUUCAACGCCCUGGUCUUUCUGCAGCGGUUUGAUUUCUUUGGCAUCUAUGUGGUGAUGUUUCUGGAGAUUCUGCGCACUUUAAUUCAGGUUCUGUGUGUGUUUUCAAUUCUCAUUAUAGCGUUUGGACUCGCCUUCUUCAUGCUUCUUGGAAAAGAGGAGAGCAAGGCUUACCGCAACCCGGGCCUGUCGUUCUUUCGUACGGCCACCAUGAUGCUGGAGUUGGACUAUAUGGAAUCAUUCAACGGGCCCUACAACGACGACUCUGACCGGACCUUGCACUUCAGUAACACCACCCUGGCUUUCCUGGCCGUCUUCAUACUGCUGAUGCCAAUCCUGCUGAUGAAUCUUUUGAUUGGUUUGGCUGUUGGAGAUAUUGUCGCUGUUCAGAGGGAUGCACGCCUUAAAAGGCUUGCUAUGCAGGUGGAAUUGCAUACUGACAUAGAACGCAAAAUGCCUGCAGUACUGUUGGCGAAGAUGGGCAGAGAGUCGCAGAGAAUAGGAAAGACAAAUCGGCACAUCCUAAAACCUUUAGUCUAUACACUGAACUCUACAAGCAGAAACAGAGAAACAGAGGUAGGUGUAUCUCUUGACUUGAGACAUUCCCAUCUAUACACUGAACUCUACAAGCAGAAACAGAGGAUGAAGGAGAUGAGUAGCACCAUAGAGAAAAGCCACGAACUGCUGCGCUUGGUUAUCCAGAAGAUGGAGAUCCACACGGAAGACGAGGUGUGGGACGAGGGAAUCCGGUCUGCGGAGAGCGUCGAUUCCAUGAUUCACGAGGCCACGAAUUUUGGAACCAACGUCUUGCGCCAGACACAGGUAGUGACCAAAUGGAGGACGAGCGUCAAUAAGAAGAAAUAAUUUUAAUCCAAGAAACAGUCAUCAGAAAUGGUGUGAAUUCAUUCGAGAAUUAUUGGCCACAUACAUUUUUGUGUGUUGAAAAUCUUUCUACCCAGUGACGGUUUUCAAAAAUGUAUAUAUUUAUUUAUUUGGUCUCUGAUAUCUUUUGAAAGGUCACCAACGCUAGUCCCGAGGUGCAUACCUUUUCUGUUUGUGAUUUUGAACUGACACACACACCAGCAUGUUAAAAAACCACGAUGAAUUUGUCAAAAUGUAUACUCUCAGCAAGCGGUUUCAAACAGAACUAAAAGCCUAAACUAUUUUACAAUGUAUAAUAAACAGGGUGAGUGUCUUCAAUGUGGAAUUAACGAUGGCAUUUUAAAUAAAGGCUUUUUGUUUUGUUUAACGACACCGCUAGAGCACAUUGAUUUAUUAAUCAUCGGCUAUUGGAUUUCAAACAUUUGGUAAUUUUGAAAUAUAGUUUUAGAAAGAAAACCCGCUACCUUGGUUCCAUUAGUAGCAAGGGAUCUUUUAUAUGCACAAUCCCACAGACAGGAUUGCACAUACCACGGCCUUCAGUAUACCAGUCGUGGUGCACCGUCUGGAACGAGGUGCCAGUUUAAAGCAAUUGUUCUCUUUUUGUGUAGACAGAAAACCAGAUAAAAUAAUUGUAUGGGGUUUGGGAAGGCAAUUCGACUUAGUCCAAGAGCGAUAUAGGUAUCAGGCAGGUGGUGUUCUUCAUAACGGAUACUCCAUUCCAUGUAUCAGAGCAGGUGGUUAAUUGUUGCUUACAGAUAUAGAGAGAGAGACGGGCGGACAUAAUGUAUUAACUUUCCACCGUACGUACGCCACAUAAACAUACAAGAUAAAUUGUAUACAGCUGUUUGGCAAUCGUAAUCAGAGAGUGUUCAUAGAAUGGGACAGGGAAUGUGAAGUUCUUACGAUUCUAUAGUAUUACGAAAUAACACACAUAAAAUAUUAAUGAGCAAAUCAACCUGCAUUUAAAGUUUUCAUCUCUGUAAACUGAAGAACACCGAGAAUAGUUAAAGUGGGUUUUUUUUAUUUAACGACACCACUAGAGCACAUUGAUUAACCAAUCAUCGGCUAUUGAUUGUCAAACAGUUAGUAAUUCUGACUCGUAGUCAUCAAACGAAACCCGCCACAUUUUCCCAUUAACUGUAAAGGAUCUUUUAUAUGCAUUUUGCCACAGGCAGGAAAGUACAUACCACAGCCUUUGACUAGUUGUGGUGCAUUGGUUGGGAGGAAGAAAAACAAUCGGUGAAUGGAUCCGCCGAGGUGGUUUGAUCCUGCGACGCAAGCACCUCAGGUGAGCGCUCAACUGACUAAGCUAAAUCCAGCCACCACAGGGAGCACAAUGUGACAACUAGCAAUAUAUUGGCUGACACCCUUCAGGUAUAUAUAGCUAGAGCGUUUCAAACUAUAUAGAUGUCUUAAUAUAAAACAGUGAACAGGUUUUAAAAUUAAGCAAGAUGAAACGUUUUUAAAACUUCGAAGUUACAUAUGUAGAAUGUUACAUGUUUUGUGACCCAAAAAGUAGUCAAUACAUUGAUCGUUAUGCGAGCCAUAGCUAACACGAUGUUCUGUGUUGUAAUUUGUUUUGUUGUAUGGUGAUCUUUCCUAUGGUUCCUUUAGUUUUGUGCUAAGAACUUUUUUUUGGACAUGUGUAUGAUUUUUUAUAAUAAUAUAUUGUAUAGAAUGAGAUAAUGGUAUAGCUUGGGAAAGUAUCCUGAGCUCUAAGAUGUCAUGCAAAUCCAACAGGGUGUUGGCGUCACCAGUGCUGGGUAACCUAGAUAACUGGUCCGGACCGUGAUAUUGGAUGUCAAAUAUUUGAUAAUUUAACAUAGAGUCUUAGAUACUCUGCAUUUGUUUCCAUUAGCAGCAAGGGAUCUUUUCUAUGCACCAUCCUACAGACAAGGUAGCACAUACUACGGUCUUUGAUAUACAAGUCGUGGUGCACUGACUCGGACACUACGAGUGAGCUAUGUUUAAAUAAAACUCUCAUCUAUACAUCGCACCAUCAAACAUUUAACGUGUCUUUAAUCAAUAAUUCCAUUUUGCCUAACAUUAAAAAAGAAAAGGAAAAUCUUUUUCGAAACAAGUCUAUGUUGGUUUUGUAAAAAUAUCGAUCGACAUUAAUAGAAGCCCACUACCCACAGCAGUGUUUACACAGGGUGAGAAACGUCGUCUCCUUAUAGGUGUGGAGUCACGUUUGAUUGAAUUAACUCUUUUAUCCAUUUGUGAAUUCGUGUCUCAUAGUGAGAAAUCCAUUUUGUAUAUAAUUAUAAUUUUAAAACCAUCAAAAAAAUAAUCUGAUUUCAAACUCAAUGACCAGAAUGCAUUUUCCCGCUAUGUUUGAUCGUUGAUCUCUCUCUCUCUCUCUCUCUCUCUCUCUCUCUCUCUCUCUCUCUCUCUCUCUCUCUCUCUCUCUCUCUCUCUCUCUCUCUCUCUCUCUCUCUCCUCCCUCCUCUCUCUAUUAAUUUCCAAAAUAGUUUUCAAUUUAGUUUUUUACGUCAAGAUAACUGAAAUGAUUGAAAACAAAGACGAACGUUUCUUGCUGGUACAAGGUAAAACAAUGUUGUAUGAGUUUCCUGGAUCGAUGUGAUUAUCACCGAAUCCGACAUUACAACUAGACACAGAGUGCGAUAUUAUGUUUUCAUUUCGACUUAAUUAGUAGAAUAUGUAUUAAUAACGGUAUUGUCAGUCUUGUGUCCCUCAUGGAUGUUAAGUGUACGAGUUUUGUCUGUCCAAUGGUUGCAAUUGUGAAGUUUAAAUUGUAUUUAACUUCUUAGUUGAAUUAAUGGUUGGAAAGGUAACCGCAUUUUGUAAUACAAUCGCAAUGGAUACGUCACCGAAGAAGAUAAAACCAGUCUAAGGUGUAGCAUGUUGCAUUACCUCCCUUAUGUCUAUUUUUGCACUGCAUUUAAUACGUUAAAAUUGUUGGUUUUGUUUACCUAAAUAUUUGUGAAUAUUGUAAGUUUUGAUUGUGAAAAUAAAAUAUUAUUUUGUUGGAAAA